AUGGGAGGAGUGACGUCCAUCGCAGACUGCGUAGGUGAGCGCGAGCUGCCAAAGGCCCGGCGAUUUCCACCCAGCAAACUCCGGGGAGGCUUUGUGGAGUCCAUCCUGGAGUCAGACGCAUGCGGAUUCAAUACCCGAUGCGACUGCGCGGAAGCAAGUUUUUCCGAUGAGCGCCAGAAGUACCGAUCGACCAAGACUCGCCGCGAUGCACUCCUUGAGGAACUCUUUGCUGCGCACGACCUGAACAAGAACGGCCUGCUGGAGGAGCUGGAGCUAAUCCAGUUGAACAAGAAGAUUGUGCUGCUUCACUAUGGUCGAAACGCGGAUAUGGAGGCGGUCAAGAAAAAAUACCAGGAUAUCUUUCGCCGAAAUCUCAGCGCCACUGGGGAGCCGAUUAACUUUCCCAUUUUCCGCGACUACAUUCAUCAGGUUCUGAACUCCAUCGAUCCAGAUCCUACCGCCCAAGAGAUGAUAUUGGA